CCCCAUCACGUCGCGUUCUGUCCCUCUCGGAUCGAAAGCCCUUUGGAAAGUCCCUGCGUGGCCCACAGAAGCUCUCCGACCUGUGAAUAAUACUGCCGCUGCUACCACUCUCUCUGUACCGAUCAAACCCUAAUAAUUUCCGCCUGUCAGAGCUCUCAAAAUCAUGGUCCGAUCGCUUCCUCAUCAGCCUCAACCCGUCCCUAUCCCUCUCCCUGCUACUAUCCUCAUCAACACUGGAUCGAUCUCGAUCAUAGCGAGACGAAGGAGAGAUGAGAUUACUCUUACUUCGAGCGUUGUUAUCCGAGGUGGAGGAGGACUUGUAGUGAAAGCCGCUACCGCCGGCACUGCUACUCCUGUGAGACGAUAACGAUCGAUUCAGAUUCUGAUUCGACUCUUUGCUGAUAUUCUUCUCAUAGGAAUCGAGAUCCUCGCUCGAUCUCAAUCUCUUCAUAUCGUCGAUGAAUUUCUGCGAUUCAAUUAGAUAAGAUUGGAGGAUUUGAGGACUGAAUCUGAGUCAAACCCUAACUCAAAUCCCAAAAUCAAACCUCAAUCCCAACCCUAGGGUUUUUGAAGAAAUCAAGGAAAGAACG